GACUGUUCAAAUGAAGAUAUAUGUUGUUUUUGUCAUUUGCUUCUUCUUUUUGUUAUUUGGAAAUGGAAGAGUUCAAUCCCUGUCAAUGGAGCAGCAGCCUUAUAGGACUGCUUACCACUUUCAGCCUCCCAAAAACUGGAUGAAUGGUUUGCUUUACUCACAACCAUUCGAUCUACAGUCUUUUAUCCCCAGUUCUUUACAGUUGACUUUUGCUUUGUUUUGUUUUGACAUGGAAUAAUCUUCAAAUGGUGAACUUAUGGCAUUGCAGAUCCUAAUGGUAAGGUUUUCGAUAUGUUCUAUGUUUUGAUCAUUAGAAUGUUGAAAUUCUUCAUACGAACAAAUGAUCUCAUCUGCAACAGGUCCUAUGUAUUACAAGGGAGUUUACCAUCUGUUCUAUCAAUAUAACCCUUAUGCUGCAGUAUGGGGCAACAUAACAUGGGCCCAUUCCAUAUCAUAUGAUCUUGUCAACUGGAUUCAUCAUGAUAAUGCACUUUCUCCCGAUGAUCCGUUCGAUAUCAACGGUUGCUGGUCUGGCUCGACCACCUUCCUUUCGGGCGAAAAGCCUGUUAUUUUGUACACCGGGAGUGAUAUCAUGAACCGUCAAGUUCAAAACUUAGCCGAGCCGAAGAAUCUAUCUGAUCCUUUGCUGAGGGAAUGGGUGAAAUCAUCUCAUAAUCCUCUAAUGACCCCUGUUGAUGGUAUUGACCCGAAGUUCUUUAGGGAUCCAACUACAGCUUGGCAAGGCCCUGAUGGAUUAUGGAGAGUCUUGGUCGGAAACCAAAUGGAUGGCCAUGGAUGGGGACUGCUAUAUCGAAGCCGAGAUUUUGUUACAUGGACUAGGAGUAAAGAGCCUCUUCACUCGUCCACAAGGACUGGGAUGUGGGAAUGUCCUGAUUUUUAUCCUGUUUCGAUCGAUGGAAAAGAUGGAGUUGACACCUCUUCACUCGACGAAUCAACGAAACAUGUUCUCAAGGCAAGCUUCAAUGACAGCGAUCACUAUGUACUAGGAAACUACAUGCCUGUGACAGAUAACUUUUCCGUUGAUACUGAUUUCUUGGAGAAUGGUUCGGAUUUACGAUAUGAUUAUGGUAAAUUUUAUGCUUCUAAGACAUUUUUCGAUAUUGACAAGAAGAGAAGGAUAUUGUGGGGAUGGAUUCAAGAGUCCGACAGUACGACAGAUGGCAUAGAGAAAGGUUGGUCUGGUCUUCAGUCUAUUCCUCGAAGCAUUCUGCUUAGUAGAACUGGUAAGCAAUUGAUUCAAUGGCCCGUGGAAGAGAUCGAGAAACAGCGAACCGGAAAUGUCAGCUUCGAGAACAAGGAACUCAAGGGUGGAUCUGUAUUUGAAGUCUCAGGCAUUACAGCUUCUCAGGCCGAUGUCGAAGUUUCCUUCGACUUGUCCAACUUAAAGGAGGCUGAAUUAAUGGAUCCGAGUUCAGUGGAUCCACAAUUGCUCUGUAGUCAAAAGACAGCAUCUGUUCGAGGCAAUGUCGGACCGUUCGGAAUACUGGCUUUUGCAUCGAAAGACUUGACGGAGCAAACUGUAAUCUUCUUUCGCGUUUUCAGAAGUAACGACCAGUAUGUUGUGCUUAUGUGUAGUGAUCAGAGCGGGUCAUCUCUAAGGGAAGGACUAAAAAAGGAAACUUACGGAGCUUUCAUCGACGUAGACCCUCUUCAUGAGAAGAUUUCUCUUAGAAGUCUGAUAGAUCAUUCGAUCGUGGAGAGCUUUGGUGGGGAAGGAAAAGCUUGCAUCACUGCUAGAGUUUACCCCAAGUUGGCCAUUGAUAACCAAACCCACCUAUAUGCAUUCAACAAUGGCACUUUUGAUGUCAACAUUUCAACCCUUAAUGCUUGGAGUAUGAAGAAAGCUGAAAUAGUUUCUUCCACAAAAAGAAGAAAGCCACAUCACUAUUGAAAUGACAUCAUUUUUAGACACAUCGGUGUUGUCUCGAAUUUGAAUUCUGUGUAGGAAGAAAGCAAUUUUGAAGG